UUUCAUCUGUGACCACGAAGCGUGCAAAAAUACAGAUAACCUAUAAAUGGUUUGAUACUAUAUUCUGUGAACAUGCAUAUUGCUGAUUACAUGUUCAAACAUUGGAAAUAGUAGUAGUUUUUGGUAUAGGUUAAAGUAGUUCAAUUAUUAUAUUUGUAUCCACAUCAGCACUGCUGUUUUGGAAGAAUGUCGAAAGUUACCUCCAGGUUAAGAACUCUGAAGAAGUCCGCUGAGAAAGUUGUCCAUGGCAACAAGAUACGAGCAAUAAUUCCAUCUGGCAUGGCGUCGGCUGGUCCACCUCUUGGACCAACUUUGGGACAAAGAGGAAUUAACAUUGCUGUAUUUUGCAAAGAUUUCAAUGAAAGAACAAAGGACAUGAAAGAAGGGCUUCCCCUGCCAUGCAGAAUAAUAGUAAACCCUGAUCGCAGUUAUGAACUAAUAAUACACAAUAAGCCUGCAUUAUUUAUAGUUCUGGAUUGUAACAUUUCAGGGAAAGAAGUGGCAGGAAAAAUUACCUUGAAACAUGUGUAUGAAAUUGCCAAGAUUAAGUCAGAAGAUCCACCAUUAGAAUGCACAUCUUUAAAAGUAAUUUGUGACAUGUUGAUUGGAACUGCACGUUCCUGUGGUAUUGAAGUGGUCAGACAUCUUGAUCCUGUGGAAUAUGGAGAGUUUUUAGAAGAGAGGAAAUUAAUAGUUGAACAACAGAGAAAGGAACUAGAUGAAAAGAAAGAAGCUCGUAUGUUGAGAACAGGUUGAAUGUAUUUUCACAUAACUCUUCAGUGUAACAUAGUUUUAAGUACUUUUCAAUGAUGUGCAAAGAAGUGGCUGGUGAGAUAAAUCACUAAAUGAACAUAAAUCAUGGGUUCUUAACCUAUGGCCUGUCAGUAUGUUUUGUGCAACCCUUGUACAUAUUUGUUAACACUUUGGUAAUGUAUAUGAUGAAAAUUAGUAUGUGAUAUUAGAAGAAACAAUUGUAAUCUAUUUGGCAGUAAUUGUCUGCGACUGUUAAGAUUUAUAUAUGUUAGAUCGCAAACUAGGACACAUCUUACUGAUAAACACUUUGAGAGAUGCAUGCAAAUCACAUCAGAAAUUAAUCCUGAUAAUUAUAAUUACUCAGUAUGUAAAAUAUCUCAUCAGUAAUGACAGAUUUUGUUAAUUUUUUUUGCAUUAGUAGGUCUAAUAUAGUGUUUUUAAUGAAAUGCCAUAUUGUUGAGUCACCUCCUGUUCAACCAAAUGACAGUGGGCAUAAAGAGAUUUGAAAACCUCCAGAAUGUAACAGAACUUUUGUAUGAAGAUGUGGUCCAAUUGUCAUCCAACACUGCAGAUCUACAAAACAGCUUCCAACAGUGUGAAAGCAAAGAGGCUGGGAUACUAAUGGUAGCAACACAGAAGUUCAGAAAGGUGGGAAACUUGGCAAGGCACAGCUGCUAACUAACCCACUGUUAUUUAAUAUUAUAAUUUGCAAAUUAAACACCCAUAUUGAUCGAUUUCAUAGAAUCUCAAACUCACCACAAUUUCUCCUGCCAUGGUGGUGGUCUCACUCUCUUUUGCAGCUAAUUCCUCUGUGGUGAUUAGGUAACAUGGACAUUGCAGCUGCCACCUGGGGUCUGGCUGGUCAACAAAUUACUCAUUUUGGCUAGUGACUGUCAAGCACCUGUGUUGAAAACAAGUGUCCAAAAACUUCCUCCAUGAUAACGGCCUCUACUUCCGUGAACUCGGUAAAUUCACGGACAUGGACCGAACUCCUUUAUUAGUUAAUGCAGCAGAUAAUUUCUGGUUUAAUACAUUUACUAAGUUGCCCAAAAUUGUUUAUGGGAUUUCUUGUAUACUACAAAGAUGUAAGGAGAACUAUAAACUCCAAGAGACCAUUAUCAUACUGUAAGAGAGGCACAAGAGGGAAAUCACUAGCCUAGGAGAGUUCUACCGCAGGGACGCCACGCAAGCAGAUGAAUGGAUAAGGCCAAAUUUUAAACUUGAGCACACCUACCAUGAUUUGCUGUCCAUGGUUUCCAUGGACGGGGACUAUAACGAGCCUGACCCACUUGCAUUUGUGCGAUGUAUGACAAGUGCACACACAAUCAUCCAAGGGAGCAGAAUGGUGAUAAUAAAGCAACACACACUGUGAUCUAACAUUUGUCUUGGUACAUUCUGUGUUUCAUUUCUAUUAAUGGUUAUGAAUUAUCUUUUGGAAGCAUUUUAGUACUUUGAAAUAAAAGCAUGUUGAAUGAAAUCAGACAUUAUAAGUAGUCCAAUGAGAAAUUUUGAAAAUUAAUGCUAUAUUAAAUAUUUUCAGAAGAGGCAUAUGGUGAUAAUUCAUCCAUUCACAGCCUAAGGCUACUGACUACAAAUUAAUAAAGGAGGCAUUAAAAAGGA